AGAAGAAGAAGAAGAAGAAUGGACCAAGAUGGCGGACUGGGGCUGAUCGGGGAAGUUUCAAGCUUACGAUGUAGCAGCUUUUAGCUGUCACAGCAAAUACUUGUCCAGCAAUAAUUAUCUCAAAUGUAUGUGUUUUCCGAAGUCUUCAAAACUGAAGUUGAGUUGGAAGCGAUAGAGUGUUGUCUGAAGUGAAGAUUGAAGACGUGAUAGAAGAUGGACGACUACUGCUAUGCUAAGAUGGCGACGUCAUGUCAAAGAGAAAGUGAAAGAGAAUCACCAACCGAGAAAAAGCCGAAAACAACAGAUGAAGACGUCCAGCAGCUGAUUGGUCAUUCAGAAAAACUUCCCUCUCAAUCAGGGGGUAGCUUAAUUUUGAAGCAAGAGGCUUCACAGCCACCCCACAUUAAAGAGGAAGAGGAAGAACUCUGGAUCACUCAAGAGGGAGAGUGUCUUCUAGGACCACAGGAAAUUCAUCUCACCAAGUUGCCACUGACUGUUGUCUCUGUGAAGACUGAAGAUGAUGAAGAGAAACCACAAGUAGACCACCUCUUAGCUCCACUAUCAAAUAGUGAGACUGAAGACGAGGUUGAAGAAACUUUGAGCAGCGAUACAGACUGUGAAGAUGAUAUAAGGACUGACACAGACAACAAAAACUCAGAAUGCGCUAAAAAUAAGACAGGCAAAAAACGUUUGAGCUGCUCAGUUUGUGCUAAAAGUUUUAAUCGAAGGAGCAAUUUGACUCAACACAUGAGAAAGCACACAGGAGAAAAACCCUUUAGUUGUUCGGUAUGUGCCAAAAGCUUUUCAUUGAAGGGCAAUUUGACUAAACACUUGAGAACACACACGGGAGAAAAACCUUUUAAUUGUUCAGUUUGUGGUAAAAGCUUUACUCAAAAAGGCAAAUUGACACAACACACGAGAACACACACUGGGGAAAAACCCUUUAUCUGUUCCGUUUGUGGCACAAGAUGCACUAUAAAGAGCCAUUUGACUGAACACAUGAGAAUUCACACAGGAGAAAAACCGUUUGUCUGUUCAGUUUGUGGCACAAGAUGCGGUAGGAAAAGCCAUUUGACUGAACACAUGAGAACACACACGGGGGAAAAAACGUUUAGUUGUUUAGUGUGCGGUAAAAGCUUUACUCUCAAAGCUAGUUUGACUCAACACAUUAGAAUACACUCGGGAGAAAAAACAUACAAUUGUUCAGUUUGCGGUAAAUACUUUACCCUCAAGCCCCAUUUGACUCAACACAUGAGAACUCACACAGGAGAAAAGCCUUUCAGCUGUUUAGUUUGUCAUAAAAGCUUCACUCAAAAGGGCAGUUUGACUCAACACAUUCGAACACACACGGGAGAAAAACCAUUCGUUUGUUCAGUUUGCAGCGCAAGCUUUUCUUUCAAGGCUCACUUGACUCAACACGUGACCACACACACAGGAGAAAAAAUAUUAUGUUGCACAGUGUGUGACAAAAGAUGCACUAAAAAGAGCCAUUUAAUUGAACACAUGAGAACACACACAGGAGAAAAACCAUUCCAUUGUUCAGCAUGCGGUAAAAGCUUUUCACAAAAAAGUAAUUUGACUCAACACAUGAGAGCGCACACAGAAGGAAAAGUAUUAAUCUGUUAAACGUUUUACUCAAGGGAGACAUUUUCUUAUCCUAGGACAGGGGUCGGCAACCUUUACCACUCAAAGAGCCGUUUUGACCCGUUUCACAAAAUAAAGAAGACAAUGGGAGCUGCAACCAUUCUCGCGAAUAUCAGCCGAUGGUCACCCAGAUAACAAUAAUAAGGGCGUGCUAUGAAGCCAUUGCCUUUGAUGCCUUCUACAACAUGCAUAAACAGCUUGCCAGCCCAGUAACAUGUUGUAUGUGGCUUCCGCAGAUACACGUACACGACUGCAAGGCAUAGUUGUUUAACAGCCAUACAGGUCACACUGAAGGUUGUGAUAUAAACAACUUUAACACUCUUACUAAUAUGCGCCACACUUUGAACCCACACCAAACAAGAAAGACAAACACAUUUUGGGAGAACAUCUGGACUGUAACACAUUACAGUGCAGAUCUUCCAGGCUAUAUUAUACACCCCACUAGCACCACCCCCCCUCCGUGCGUCGGUUGAGGUGGGCGGGGUGGGCGGAAGAGUCAUGGAUGCAUGGGAUUCUGGGUAGUUAUGUUGCGUUUAGGCUUCACGGUGGAAGAGGGGUUAGUGCGUCUGCCUCACAAUACGAAGGUCCUGCAGUCCUUGGUUCAAAUCCAGGCUCGGGAUCUUUCUGUGUGGAGUUUGCAUGUUCUACCCGUGAAUGCGUGGGUUCCCUCCGGGUACUCCGGCUUCCUCCCACCUCCAAAGACAUGCACCUGGGGAUAGGUUGAUUGGCAACACUAAAUGGUCCCUAGUGUGUGAAUGUGAGUGUGAAUGUUGUCUGUCUAUCUGUGUUGGCCCUGCGAUGAGGUGGCGACUUGUCCAGGGUGUACCCCGCCUUCCGCCCGAUUGUAGCUGAGAUAGGCGCCAGCGCCCCCCGCAACCCCAAAAGGGAAUAAGCGGUAGAAAAUGGAUGGAUGGAUGUUGCGUUUAUGUUGUGUUACUGUGAGGAUGUUCUCCCGAAAUGCAUUUGUCAUUCUUGUUUGGUGUGGGUUCCCAGUCCAUCCAUCCAUCCAUCCAUCCAUCCAUCAUUUUCCGCUCAUCCGAGGUCGGGUCGCGGGGGCAGCAGCCUAAGCAGGGAAGCCCAGACUUCCCUCUCUCCAGCCACUUCGUCUAGCUCUUCCCGGGGGAUCCCGAGGCGUUCCCAGGCCAGCCGGGAGACAUAGUCUUCCCAACGUGUCCUGGGUCUUCCCCGUGGCCUCCUACCAGCUGGACGUGCCCUAAACACCUCCCUAUGGAGGCGUUCGGGUGGCAUCCUGACCAGAUGCCCGAACCACCUCAUCUGGCUCCUCUCCAUGUGGAGGAGCAGCGGCUUUACUUUGAGUUCCUCCCGGAUGGCAGAGCUUCUCACCCUAUCUCUAAGGGAGAGACCCGCCACACGGCGGAGGAAACUCAUUUGGGCCGCUUGUACCCGUGAUCUUAUCCUUUUGGUCAUGACCCAAAGCUCAUGACCACAGGUGAGGAUGGGGAUGUGGAUCGACAGGUAAAUGGAGAGCUUUGCCUUCCGGCUCAGCUCCUUCUUCACCACAACGGAUCGGUACAACGUCCGCAUUACUGAAGACGCCGCACCGAUCUGCCUGUCGAUCUCACGAUCCACUCUUCCCUCACUUGUGAACAAGACUCCUAGGUACUUGAACUCCUCCACUUGGGGCAGGGUCUCCUCCCCAACCCGGAGAUGGCACUCCACCCUUUUCCGGGCGAGAACCAUGGAAUCGGACUUGGAGGUGCUGAUUCUCAUUCCGGUCGCUUCACACUCUGCUGCGAACCGAUCCAGUGAGAGCUGAAGAUCCCGGCCAGAUGAAUCCAUCAGGACCACAUCAUCUGCAAAAAGCAGAGACCUAAUCCCGUGGUCACCAAACCGGAUCCCCUCAAUGCCUUGACUGCGCCUAGAAAUUCUGUCCAUGAAAGUUAUGAACAGAAUCGGUGACAAAGGACAGCCUUGGCGGAGUCCAACCCUCACUGGAAAUGUGUCCGACUUACUGCCAGAAAUUCGGACCAAGUUCUGACACUGAUCAUACAGGGAGCGGACCGCCACAAUAAGACAGUCCGAAACCCCAUACUCUCUAAGCACUCCCCACAGGACUUCCCGAGGGACACGGUCUAAUGCCUUCUCCAAGUCUACAAAGCACAUGUAGACUGGUUGGGCAAACUCCCAUGCACCCUCAAGAACCCUGCCGUGAGUAUAGAGCUGGUCCACAGUUCCACGACCAGGACGAAAACCACACUGUUCCUCCUGAAUCCAAGGUGCGACUAUCCGGCGUAGCCUCCUCUCCAGUACACCUGAAUAAACCUUACCGGGAAGGCUGAGGAGUGUGAUCCCACGAUAGUUGGAACACACCCUCCGGCCCCCCUUCUUAAAGAGAGGAACCACCACCCCGGUUAGGGUUAACACUAACCCUAACCACCCGGGUUGCAGGUUCCCGACUCCUGUCCUAGGAGAACACGUUUGUUGUUCAGAUUGCUUAGAGUAUUUCCUCAUAAUGCAGACAGGGUAAGACACCAAAGAAAACUAAUCAGCCAUUAAGUUUAUGGUGAAUAAAUAAAUUGUCUGUUCAAAUAAGAACACAUACAGGAGAAAAAACAUUUAGUUUGCAGUGAAAAAAAUAUUCUCUGAAUUUUCAAUCUUUCAGAUGCUCAGCAUGACUUGUGUAAGAAAGGAGUUCACCCAAACACAACAGACUAGACAACUUUUCCUGUCCAGUUCGUGCAACAAAAAAAAAAGACUGUUAAUUCAAUUGUGUUCAUGUUGUGUAAUAUGCACAGUGUAAGUUACCACUUUUUGAACUAAGCUCCCGUGUUUCAUAAUAAAAGUAUUGAAUGCGUUCUGAAAUAAAAAAUGUUGCAAGAAAGUA